AUGUCUGAAAAACCUAAACAACUAACGAAGAAGCAACAGAAGGCCUUAGAGUUCAGAAAAACUAAAGAAGAAAAGGAACAAGAGUCCCAGAAAAGAACUAAUGAAGAAUUAAAUCCAUCUACUAAUGACCCACCAAAGAAGAAAAGAAAGACACGUAGAGGCCGUAAGGGUAAAGGAAGAAGAGAUGAUAGCUCCAGGGCAAAUAGAUUUCUUAUUUUCGUUGGUGGGUUACCUCGAGAUGUCACUUCAACUGAAUUACAAGCACAUUUCAAGUCAAGUGCCCCAGACCAAAUUAGAAUAAGGCAGGAUAAAGGUAUUGCCUUUUUAGAGUUUGAUGGUGAUAAAGAUCCUAAGACAAUUCAAAGACGUAUGGACGUUGCUUUGUUACAACACAGAACGUCUAUUAGAGAUAAAAAGAUAAAUGUAGAGCUAACCGUUGGUGGUGGUGGUAACAGUCAACAGAGAUUAGAGAAAUUGAAGAAUAAAAAUUUGAAAUUUGAAGAAGAACGUCGGGAGAGACUGACAAAACUAAUCAAAGAAGGUGGAUUGAAAAAACCAGAAAGUGGGUCCACAUCCACCGCAACUACUGCACAAGGCCUUCACCCAGACAGAGCCAAAUUACUACAAUAG